AUGAUAAUGUGAGAAGGAGAGACAGGCACCAAGCCGACACAGCUGGGGACUCUGAGGCCACGGCUCCUGUUCUGUGAAAUGCCACACUUAGUUUGGAGAGCCAAACGAGCAAUCCGAUAUCUCGUCCAUUGGGCUGACUCAAAAUAACUGGUAUUUUGGUCACGUAAACAACCAGAACUGGAUGUUAUUCUUCGUGAUCCUCGGCUCUGACAUGUGUUCGCAUGUGUACUUGUAUCGCUGUGCCUGCUUCGACGUAUCACAAGGCGUGACCUCAUUCGGAUGUCUGAGGAGUCAGCAGCUCCACAGAUGGAGCCCGUGCUGCAGAUGCUCUCCAGUUUCUGCGUGGAACAUCUCUCAAAGAACAGAGCCCAUCGAAUUACUAGGGGGAAAAGCCUGUACGCCCAGUCUCAUCCCGUUUGUAGGAACAGUGGGAGACCGAGAGACCUCCGGUCCAAACACGCGAUGGAAUCAUGAUAUCAGCUGAGCACUCAGAAGAGUUCUGUGAUGGUGGGACCACCAUUGAGUCCACCUGGUCCUGGAGCCAGACCAUGAAUUAUGUGGGCCAGCUGGCGGGGCAGGUCUUCGUGCAGGUGAAGGAGCUGUACCGAGGCCUGAACCCUGCAACCCUGUCGGGCUGCAUCGACGUCAUCGUGGUGCGCCAGCCGGACGGGACGCUCCAGUGCUCCCCGUUCCACGUUCGCUUCGGGAAGAUGGGCGUACUCCGGUCGCGUGAGAAAUUGGUGGAUAUAGAGAUCAACGGGGAGCCAGUGGACUUGCACAUGAAACUGGGGGAAAAUGGGGAGGCCUUCUUUGUGAAGGAGACGGAGAAUGAUCAGGAAAUCGUGCCUGCAUACCUGGCCACCUCCCCCAUCCUGUCAGAUGGUGCAGCGCUGAUGGGCGCGCAGCUGGGCAAGGGCCUGGCCCGUCAUUCCGACCCAGCGGCCGGGCCCCCAAUCCAGGCCCUGGGGCCCCUGCAGUCUGCCGGCGAGAAGAAGAGGAGGAAGCGGCGGAGGAAGUCAAAGGUGGGCAGCCUAAAGCGGGAAGACAGCGCCAAGUCCUCGGAGGAUGAAGACAUGUUCUCCAUCGAAAUGAGCUCCGACGAGGAAAAGGAGAUGGACGGCAGCAGGAAUUCUUCACGCGAAGCCUUCACAGAGGAGGGAGCCAGUGGAAGCCCCUCCAGCAGUUUGUUCAAGCAGGAUGCCAUUUAUGCACGUUCUGAUGGGGAGUGGUCACCGCUGCACAGCCCCGACUCCUCCCGGCCUUCCACGCCGAAGAGCGACUCGGAGCUGGUCACCAAACCGUCGGACAAGGAGAAGCAGGCCAAGCCCGAGAUGCUGUGGGCUUGGGGAGAACUUCCACAGGCUGCCAAGCCAAGCCGCUUCUCAGAAAAACCAGAGUCACCUCUGAAGACUCCCGUGUCGGUCCCCGUGUCAGAGAGCACCCACUUCAGGGUGAUAUCAGGGGACUGCCCCCCCCAGCAGCAGGAGGACUGCCCCCCACCGCUGGGCUUGUUUAUCCCGGAGCCCAUGGACGCCGAGGCGGCGAUGCCGGUGAGGAUGGAGCCUGGCGCUCAUCUGUUAGAGGUGGAGGAGGAGAGACACAGCCCAGGGUCCCGUCUGCUCGGCAAGACAGACUCCCCAUCCAAGAAAAAAGAUAAGAGGAGUCGUCAUCUUGGAUCCGAUGGUGUUUAUCUGGAUGACCUUACAGAGAUGGACCCUGAGGUGGCUGCCCUUUACUUCCCUAAAAGUGAAGGAGCUGGCGCUGCGAUGGGAACCGCGGAAAGCCUGGUGCACGGUGCCAGCAUGUCCCCGCAGUCCGUCAGCAGCUCUGGAAUGGACAGUGGCGUCGACAGCUACUCUGAUCAAAUAGGCGACCUGCCUACUAUCGCCAUCUCCCUGUGUGGGGGUCUCACUGACAACAAAGAAAUCACAAAAGAACAAUUUCAGGAAAAAGCAAUAACAUACCAGCAGUUUGCCGAAAAUCCAUCCAUCAUCGAUGACCCAAACUUGGUGGUGAAGAUCGGAACCAAGUACUACAACUGGACUACUGCUGCACCUCUGAUGUUAGCGAUGCAGGCAUUCCAGAAGCCUCUGCCUAAGGCCACGGUGGAGAACAUCAUGAAGGAGAAGAUGCCCAGGAAGGGAAGUCGCUGGUGGUUCUCGUGGCGCGGGAGGAACAGCAGCAUUAAGCCGGAUUCUGCCGCAGAAGAGGGAGGCAGCAGUGAAAUUAACCCAGGAAAUAUUUCCUCUGUAAACAGGCUGAAGGAUGAGUCGUCAUCCAGUGAUGAAGAACAGAGAACACCCAAGCACACCCCUGUCUCCAUCCAGCCAGAGCCUCUGCUAACCCCAGGGGGCGUGUCCUAUAAGAAGACCCUCCGCCUCACAUCUGAGCAGCUGGUCAGCCUGCAGCUGAAGGACGGACCAAACGACGUGGUGUUCAGUGUCACCACUCAGUACCAGGGCACCUGCCGCUGUGAGGGCACCAUCUACCUGUGGAGCUGGGAUGACAAAAUCAUCAUCUCUGACAUCGAUGGCACCAUUACCAGGUCCGACACCCUGGGCCAUAUUCUGCCGACGCUGGGCAAAGACUGGACCCACCAGGGCAUCGCGCACCUGUACCAUAAAGUCAGCCAGAAUGGCUACAAGUUUCUGUACUGCUCGGCUCGUGCCAUCGGCAUGGCCGGCAUGACCCGGGGAUACCUGCACUGGGUCAAUGAGAGGGGCACCAUGCUGCCCAUGGGCCCAGUCCUGCUCAGUCCCAGCAGCCUUUUCUCUGCCCUGCACAGGGAAGUGAUUGAAAAGAAGCCGGAGAAGUUUAAAAUCGAAUGUUUGACAGAUAUAAAACAGUUGUUCCAUCCAAACACGGAGCCAUUUUAUGCAGCUUUCGGAAACAGACCUACAGAUGUGUACUCCUACAAAGAAGUUGGUGUUCCCCUGAACAGAAUAUUUACUGUGAAUCCGAAAGGGGAGCUGGUUCAAGAGCAUGCCAAGACCAAUAUUUCCUCGUACGUGCGGCUCGGCGAGGUGGUGGAUCACGUCUUUCCCCCCAUGAGGCGCGGUGAUUCCUCUGACUUCCCAUGCUCCGACACCUUCAGCCAGUUCACAUACUGGAGGGAGCAGCUCCCUGAGGUGAAAAGCGACGACGAGCACCUGGAUCUCGGCUGAAUUGCUCCACACCCCUCCCCAUCCGUGCAGACAGACUCAUGCAGUCCUGCGCAGAGAGCGCAGAUAUGCACAGAUUUUCAGAGACAGCAGCUGUGCACUGUAGCUAAGGACAUGUACCUUUUCACACAGACAAAGAAGCACUUUUCAGUUGUUAAAAUUCAGUUGUUGUCCUACACGUUAUCCUUUAAUGGUGAUGUUUUCCCUCACCUCAAAUGGUCUUGUGAAUUUCAGCUAAAAACAGCAGUAUAUAGUUGGUGUUUUUUCAUAGGCUAAAUAAUACAACUGUACAAUUUUACCAUUAUAAAUGUAAUGCUUAAACCAGGAAAAACAUUGCCUUUCAACUACAUGUGAGGUCAGCGUGCGGCUAGACUGGUGUCAAACAUUUCAGUGAAAUACAUCAUUUGUUCAAUUAUCUUUCAUAUUUAAAUAUCUAUUCAUAGAUUUAAUUAGUUGGUCUUGGAAAAAAAACAAGGGGAAUUAUGAAUAUCCAGUUCAGAGGUCAGUAUUCUUGUGCAUGCUGCUGAUUACUAUGAUUGUUUUUCAGCAAUUAAAGUUUGCACACAAAAUGCCCCUUAAUUAAUGUAAUUCAAGGAAACCUCGGGAUGUAUUUAAACCAGCCUGAUAUUUUGCUUCUCUGUUUCACAUGGUUUUCAGACAUUCAUUAUUCCACAAAAUCAAGUAAGUUUUGGUUAAAUUUGUAAAUCAAAAUGACCUGUAAUAGUAGUUGACUCUAUUGUGACUGGGUUCUGACAAUCAAGCGAAAGCCGAGAGCAUCUAUACUUGCGAAAGCCACCCAUUUCCUGUGGGGUCAGUACGCAUCUGACUGCCUCACCUAAGCAGCAAAUGUCACACUGAGUCUCUGUCUCCCUGUGGAUUCAGAUAGAUGUAAACACUGUAUCCUUACCCUGUUUAAUUAAGUAUCACCCUGUGUCAUUUUAACUGAGUCAGGAUGCUACAACUGUGAAGGUGUUUAAACUCAUUUCUUGACUUUCAAAAUGGUAAAACAUGAUAGUUUAACUUGAAGCUGCUUUAACUCUAUUUUUUUACUUGUGAUAUAAAGGGUGGAAAAGUUGUGAAAUGGACAAAAAGGACCUCCUUGACUGCGUCGAUUGCUGCAAUGCCUUUGCUCAGCUUGGAAGGGAAGUAAUAAGGCUGAAGUUUGGCAGAAAAGACACAUAAGCAUAGGAUUCAUAAAAAUUCUCAGAAAGAGUGAAAUGUGAUCUGGAUGGAUAAAUAAAACUUUUAAGCGUUACUUUUUAAUGUAGCAAAGACAACAUGUGCAUUCAUGGUGUCUCCGUUCCUGCAGUGGAAAGUGUGUACAUGCGAAUUCAAAUGUAUGAAACAAAAACACAGUUUAUUUAUACAGUUCAUAUUGUAUAUAUUCAAGAAGACCAUUCUACUUUUCGAAAACUGCUACUUUAAUAUUACAGAUUCUGAAAAUGUAACAUUCAUGAACCUCACUUUGCAAAGGUUACACCCACAUAGAAUAACAUAAACAUGCAUAAUGUAAUGUAUGUCUUUCUAAACACAAAUAAUUUAAUGACAUUUUUCGAGCUUUGCUGCAAGAGAGUACAGCUUUUAAAAAUAUUGUGUAUUAAUACAAUUGUAUAAAGACUGAAUAUUAACAAUCUAAUGUAUUAAAUAAGGGUUGAAUGUGUACAGCAUUUCAUAUUAACAGAUUCUUCUUUCAUGUGUUAUAUGGUAUCAUUGAUUUUUUUUUUUUACUAUAUCACAACAGAUACAUUUUAAAUAGGUAUGGUACCUGGCCUCCUGGCAAUGUACACAAGAAUCACAAAUACAUUGUCAUUGUAAGAUGCAAUAUUAAGCCAGCGUAAGCACUAAAACUCCCUGGGUCAUUUAUAUAUUUCAGUCUCUGAAAUAACACACAAACUGCUAACUGUUCACCACACAAAUCCUGGGGCGAGGAUCUUGUUGAAAUUGUGUUACUCUUUCUGUGAAAGAUCUGUAUUGCAAUAAGUUUUGUAUUGCCUCAUCUGUCACUGAUACGAUUGAAUUUAUUAUGACUUUCAGAUGUACAAAAUGACUAUAGAUUGAUGUGCCAACUUUGGGUUUGUUUAUAUCUGCUCUUAUAUUAACUUCAAUAAAGUACUUCAGGAGAGAA